AUGGUGAACCACAAAGAAAAUGAAGAAUACACAAUACAUCAAAGAAGAGAUUCAAUUGAUAAAGCGAUAGAUAAAAACGUGAUCCACUACAUCAUUAUCUUAAUAAUAGCAAUCAUAGGACUUGUUGUAUGGGGUAGUUCGCUUCGUAAGUCAGAUCCUGAUGUAAUGAAGUCACUAAAGGGGGCUGCAUUAGGAGCAGGUUUUUUUUUAUCAGUUUCAAUUGCUGUUGUUGCAGGCCAUAUGGCAAACGUUACAUUUAUGGGAGACUCGAUAGAAACAGUAUUUGGUCGUUUAAGUGGCAAAGGUGCCUGUUUAAGUACUGCGGCAAUAUUCCUAGUGAUGGGCACAACAGCAAUAGUUUCAAUAACAAAUAUGUUGGGUAUAUAG